AUGGUAAUGAACUCGAACAAUAUAAAAAGGAAUUCUCCACACCUUCAACGUCUCAUUUUGGGCCGUGAGCAACUGAUCUCGUUGUUGAAGCUGCUUAACUAUUGGGGCAUCAAGGGCAGGCUUAACAGGCUUCCUUCAGAUUGUGUGGGUGACAUGGUGAUGGCCACCGUGAAGAAAGGUAAACCAGAUCUCCAGAAGAAGGUGAUGCCUGAUGUGAUCGUUUGCCAGAGGAAGCCUUUUAGGCGAAAGGACGGUGUUUACAUGUAUUUCAAAGAUAAUGUUGGCGUUAUAGUGAACCCAAAGGGUGAAAUGAAAGGAUCUGCAAUCAUUGGCCCCAUUGGAAAGGAGUGUGCUGAUCUGUGGCCCCAUAUCACUAGCGCAGCCAAUGCCAUUGUAUAA